AUGAAGGACAACAGGUCACGGCCCCACAAGAUCGUAUGGAUCUGCGAGAGAUGCUUCCUCCGGGACAGGCCGAAGACAGCACAUUACGUCUUCAUCGCUUCGACUGGGGGAAGCGUCGUCCGACAUCUGAGGAAGGAGCACAAAGUCGUGCCACCUUCUAGACAACGUGCAGGCUCAGUUACCGGGAGUGGAGGUGCAGAACGGAACCUGCUUGAUAUGCUUCGCGCCGAUCCGACGAACCCUCGAGAUCAGACUCUUCUCAGCAAUCUGCAUACGUUAUUCGAUCCGAAGAUGAAUCAACUGCUCCUGCUCGACUGGCUUACAUAUCAUAACCUCCCCUUUAAUGUCGUAAACUCUGAGCGCUUCAGACGACUCCUUCUCUACAACAACCCGGCUCUCCAGGAAGGCCAGAUACCAACUGGCAAAACGCUUGUGAAUCUGCUACUAGAUGAGUAUAAUCGCGCUCUUGGUCCGCUUUGCGAGCUGCUUCAAAGAGCGAGAAGUAUGAUUCAUUUUACCUUUGAUGGCUGGACUUCCCGACAAAACACAUCAUUCCUCGGUAUCAACGCCCACUUUAUCGACCAAGAUUGGAACCAAUGGGAAUCCUCUUGGCUUUGCCGGCUCUCGCGAAACGCCAUACUGGAGCAGCGCUUGCAGAUGAAGUUGCAGAUACAAUAUGCGCGUUUGGUCUUGAAGACAGAAUCGGGUACUACACGCUUGACAACGCUACGAAUAAUGAUACGGCUGUGGAAGCGCUUGCCGCUGAGUUCGAUUUCGAUCGGAAGAGCGUCGCAUCCGCUGCGCCCUCAUUUUCUGAACCUGGCCGACUUUGUGGCUGAAGAGGAAGAGCAGCGCCAGUUGUCCGACGCUAUCAAUGAGCUGGCGACCGACGACGACUUCUGUGUGCCGAGCAUGGAAGAAGGAUUCGAGGUUGAAACAGUCCCAGAAGGCAGUCAGGAUCAGGACGUACUGCCCGACAUCAUCAAUGGCGAAGAAGUGGACAAGUACCGCAAGUUUGGGCCAUUUGGCAAACUUCACAAUAUUGGCAUUGCUCUUCGAACGAGCAGUCAACUUCUCGAGGUCUUUUACGAAGCUCAACGGCAAACCGCUCCUACUGAACCUAUUCUUACGUGGGUUCAAAACGUCUGCACUCGCUGGAUGUUUUCCAUCAUCGAGGAACGAUGGCUUGGCAAAGGCGGCAAAGAACAGGACAAACCAGCGAUACUGAAAGAACAACUUUCCCUUGAAGAAUGGAAGGUCGUUGUUGCGGUUCAGAAGAUCCUUCAGCCAUUCAAGAUCGCCUCGAAGCAACUCCAGGGCGAGGGUAUUGCUGGUAAACGCUCCACGUCAGGAGGGUUCGAUGAGUACUUCCGGUGCGGCAGUGGUGUUCCACCCUACGUCGGAGUGGGAAAGAACAUAUGCGAGAAGCUUAGCGACAGUCUGGAAAGAGAGGUACAAGAACAUGGCUCAUCGGCAAUCCUGCGAUGGUGUUUCAGCGGAUACGACUAA